AUGUCUUUGGGCGUGGACAGAAGAGAAGAGAAGGGGCUCCCUAGAGAGUACGUGUGUGUUAUGCGUGUUCACCUAUUGGCUAUGCCAGGAACCCAUCCAGGCUGGCUGAUUUCUCUCAAAUUUCCACAAAAACACCCUUCGCAGCGCGUCGUGGUGGCGACUUCACCACUCCUUAGCAGUAAUCGCCACCAGCAUGGCGUCAAUCUUCCGUCACUCAUCACUCGUGCGUGCAGAUCGACUGGCUGGAGCCUGGGGGUGAGAAGAAGCGUAGGAGAGUGGAUGCGCGACGUCACUUUUCACAAGAACAGGUGUCGCGAAUCCCUACUUUUCACAACUCCAAGAAAGCUUCUCCCGGUAGCGAGGAUACCCGGGCACUCAUCCGUGUUCUACGACCUGAUCGGUCCUGAGGAGGAGGAGGAGAAGAGUGAACCGAGGCGCUGGCUCGGUAUAAUCGAUCGUAUGGGGCCGGAAAUUAACAUCGACGGCGACGGGCACGGGGAGAACAGCGACAUGGUCGAUACAGGUCGAGAUUGGAAUCACAGAAGCCCUAGUCUUAGAAGCGAAUUUGUCAUUCCCACCACUAGCACAAGAUCAUUGACAAUCCCAGCAGAAGAAACCUCAGUAGCGAACGGCCUCGAAGGAAGGCACUGGCAGCGGCACUCCACCGACGACACCACGAGGUCUGCGACGGCGAGAUCCAUCAGCGCCAACCACCGCUACCACCGCUCUAACCUCAAUCAUAAUCCCCCGGCUGGUAGGGCUAGCUAUAGUGGUGGGAAGCGAGGAAAACUGAAAACUCUAAAGGAAAACGCCGUAAACGCGCUGCGGCACAAUGGCAAUAGCGCCGGCAAGGGCAAGGGCCAGGAUAACUCUAGAUCUCAAUCUCACUCUCCCGCCGCGGGCGGAGUCGGGUCGAGUGAUGAAGAUGAGAACGGGGAUUGCCGAGUAGAGGAAAAGAAGGAGCAAGAGGAGGAGGAAGAGGACAAGGCCAGCUCGAAAUCAAAUAACGCGACUUCCCCGCGGAAACUAUCCACCCUGAACGACCCGUAUAUUCCGCAAGCAGCGGAGGUCGAGUUCGUCGAGGCCCACGAAGAGCGCAAUGAAGCUCUAAGGGACGGGUGUAUGGAAGACGUAGAGGACGCCGAAAAGAAGAUUGACGAGCUUGUCAAGCAGCGCAGGAAUAUGCAGGUGAACUGGGCAAUUGACCGGCAUGUGACCAAUGUCACAGUGGCUCCUACCAAACAAAGAAUUAUCGAGAAACCGCGCAAAAGCGACUUUAUUAUCAAAGAUGAGUCCGGGAACCCAAUUAUAGAAUUUGAAAAUGGCGAUGAGAGAAUAGACUACGUCAAAUGGCUCGGACAAUACCUUCUGUACGCGACCCAAGAUUAUACGGCCCAAUCUAUCGAUUACCGUAAACCCAGGUCCUUGAGCUUAGAAAAGGCGCGUUCUAGCAUCGAGCGACUCUUUGUCUCGACCGCGCCCUGGCAAGAAUGGCUCCUCCACGUCUUCCGCGUUUAUCGGUGGGAAAACCCAUACGAGACGUUUCGCUGGCUCUGUCUCUACGUGGUUCUAUGGCACUACUCAUACCUGAUAACAUUCCUGUGGUUCUGCGUUAUCUACUACACACUGAGGCGAUACAUUUAUCCAGAGACGGAAAUUGAGGACCUCAGAAUAGCGCUUGAGAGGGUGAGAAACACAGACAGAAAGGCGUAUGAUCUUGGGGAUGUUAUCGUACACAAGGGACCACAGGAAUGGCUCCUCCCGCUGGCAGACACAAUUGGGCCAUGGGCGCAGAUUCAGCUGGGCGACCUGGCCGAUCUGCUCGAGAUACUGGAGAACUUCUACGAAUGGCGCAAUCCGGCACUUACCUCGCUCUCGCUAUCCAUUUUUACCAGUGUCUUCCUAUUCGGCCUCAUUGCGUCGCCCGAGUUCUGCCUCAAGGCUACAUACUUCGGCCUCGGGGUUGCGUUCUUUGCGUGGUUCCCGAUAUCGAGCAGGUACCCAAAGUACCGCCUCGUCGUGUCGCCCGUCCGCUGGCUCUUCUGGAACAUCCCCACGCAAGCGGAAUGGGCGUUCCAAGAGCUGAGCGCAGAAGCGGAGAAGAAUCGAGAAAAGAUCACAGCGAAGGACGUGGAGAAAGUAUUAGUGGGUAACCAAGAAGUAGAGCCGCCCGGUGGUGUAGAUAGCAGCAUCAAUAGCGGCACCGCCAUGCUUCCAGUCGCUUCCGUCGGAGGUGAACACCACGCCGGCGGGACCAGGAGCCUCACCUCUGCGCAAGCGGAGGAGCAGCGCGAUACCGCCAUCCUCGCGGUCGCCGAACAGAAGCUGGCGCGCCCACUCGACGCCUACGUGCGCGAGUAUGCAACAUUUAACUGCCGCUGCGGGCUGAACCUAGGUAAGCUCGUAAUCCACCCCUCCGGCCUCCGGUUCGAAAGCCUGCGCAAGCGCAGGACAAUCUGGGACCGCGCAUGGAUGGAGCUCGUAGAGAUCAAGAAGGUGAAGAGCUCCGAGCCCGUGGGGAGGCUGCUGGCGCUGGAGGGCCUGGAGAUGGUGUUUGCAGAUAGUUCGAGGGUGAGGCUGGGGGAUAUGGUGGAUCGCGGGGAGGCGUUUAAGUGGAUAUUGGGCUACUCGAGGUUGAAGUGGCGGUCGAAUAAUUGA